UCCGCUCGGGUCCAAACUCCAAAACACAACGAACUGCAACUUUUAAGGAGCAAGUCGCAAUCACAAACAAUUCAUAACCAAGUAUUAUUGUCUGUCACCAUGUCUGGAGUGGAGAAAAAAUCGGAUAAUAAUAAAAAAAGACACAGAAAAAGUAGUUCUUUACGUAAACACAGAAAAAGACAUAGAAGUACUUCUAGCGAGACAAAUGAUAUAAGGUAUGAAAGAAGUGGAUCUAUAGGUGAAAAAGAAAGAAGGCAUAGAAGAAGUAGCUCCAGUGAUAACAGUGAAAAGAGGAAUGAAAGAAGUGGAUCUACAUGUGAAAAGGAAAGAAGGCGUAGAAGAAGUAGUUCUAGUAAUACCAGUGAAAAAAGGAAUGAAAGAAGUAGGUCCAUGGAUAGAAAUAAAAAAAGGCAUGAAAGAAGUACUUCAAGUGAUACUAAUAAAAAAAAGUAUGAAAAAAGUAAGUCCAAAAAUGAAAAUAAAAAAAGACACGAAAGGAGUAGAUCUAUCGAUAGAAAUAAAAAAGAACAUAAUAGUAGUUCUAGCGAUACUAGUACAGAAAAACAUGAAAGAAGUGGGUCUGUAGAAAAAACUAAAAAGAGACAUAAAAAAAGUGGGUCCAAAGACAAAAACAAUAAAAGACAUAGAAGAAGUAGCUCCAGUGAUUCAAAUGAUAAAAGGUAUGAAAGAAGUGGAUCUAUGGAUAAAAAUAAAAAAAGUCAUAAAAGACGUGGGUCCAUAAGUAGGAAUGAAAAAAGAUAUAAAAGACAUGGGUCCACAAGUAGGAAUGAAAAGAGGUAUAAAAGAAAUGGGUCUGCAGAUAAAAAUGAUAAAAAACAUAGAAGAAGUAUUUCCAGCGAUACAAAUGAUAAAAGAUAUGAAAGAAGUAGAUCAAUAGAUGAAAAUAAUCAAAAGCAUAAAAGAAAUGAGUCCUUAGGUACAAAUAAUAAAAGAUCUGAAGGAAGUAGACCCAGAGAUGAAAAUGACAAAAGAUAUGAGAGAAGGGAAACCAUAGAUAGAAAUGAAAGAAGAUAUAGAAGAAGCACAUCUAUUGAGGCAAAUGAAAAAAGAUGUAAAAGAAGUAGAUCAAGAGAUCAUGAUGAAAACAGAUAUACAACAAAUAGUUCUGUAGGUAGAAAAGACGGAAUGAGCAAUGUUAAUGAAAUAGGCUAUGAAAAUGUAGGCCCUAAACCGAUUAAAAAAGAAGAGCUUUUGACAACAAAAACUGGUGGUGCUUACAUACCACCUGCAAAGUUGAGGUUGAUGCAAGCAGAAUUAAAAGACAAGAGUAGUUCAGCUUAUCAACGUAUUGCAUGGGAAGCUCUUAAAAAGAGUAUUCAUGGUUUUAUAAAUAAAGUCAAUACAUCCAAUAUUGGCCCUAUUACAAGGGAUUUAUUGAAAGAAAACAUCGUUAGAGGCAGAGGUCUAUUGGCAAGAUCUAUAAUUCAAGCCCAAGCAGCUUCACCUACAUUUACUCCAGUUUAUGCUGCAUUAGUUGCCGUUAUCAAUUCAAAGUUCCCUAACAUUGGUGAGUUGAUUGUGAAACGACUCGCAAUUCAAUUCAAAAGAGGAUUUAAAAGAAAUUCAAAAGUCUUAUGCAUAUCUUCAGCAACAUUUAUUGCCCAUUUAGUAAAUCAGGGUGUGGCUCAUGAGAUAUUGAUACUUGAGAUUUUAACUUUGCUGGUGCAAACUCCAACUGAUGAUUCAAUUGAAAUAGCUAUAGCUAUUUUAAAAGAAGUAGGGAUGAAGCUUACUCAAGUUUGUCGCAAAGGCAUUGAGGCAAUAUUUGAAAUGUUACGUAAUAUCCUUCAUGAAGGACAUUUAGAUAAAAGGGUACAAUAUAUGAUUGAAGUUGUAUUCCAAAUCCGUAAGGAUGGAUUUAAAGAUCAUGAAGCUGUUAAUAAAGACCUUGAUCUAGUGGAGGAAGAAGAUCAAAUGACUCAUUUAAUUGCUCUUGAUGAAGCUACAGAUAGUCAAGAUAUACUUAAUGUUUUCAAAUUUGAUGCUGAGUACCUUACUAAUGAAGAAAAGUAUAAAGAACUAAGUAAAGAUAUUUUAAAUUCUGAUAGCGAUGAUGACGAUGACGAUGAAGGAAGUGAUGAAGAAGACGAUGAAGACGAAGAUGAAGAGGAUGAGAAAACUGAAAGUGGUGGUCUUAUCAUUGAUAACACUGAAACUAAUUUAACUGCACUCAGAAGGACAAUAUACCUUACUAUCCAUUCUUCUCUUGAUUUUGAAGAAUGUGCCCAUAAACUGUUGAAAAUGCAAUUGAAACCUGGGCAAGAAAUGGAAUUGUGUCACAUGUUUCUUGAUUGUUGUGCAGAAAUGAGAACGUAUGAAAAAUUUUUUGGACUUCUGGCAGGAAGAUUUUGUGCUAUAAAUAGAAUAUACGUUGGACCAUUUGAAGAAAUUUUCAGAACUUCAUACAACACAAUUCAUAGGUUGGAUACCAACAGAUUAAGAAAUGUAGCAAAAUUUUUUGCUCAUUUACUUAUGACGGAUUCAAUUUCUUGGGCUGUUCUAUCUGAAAUUAAGUUAAAUGAAGACGACACCACAAGUUCAUCAAGAGUUUUCAUAAAAAUAUUAUUCCAAGAGUUGUCUGAAUACAUGGGACUUCCAAAACUCAAUGACAAAUUAAAGGACGAAGAAAUGCAGGAAGCAUUUAAUGGAUUAUUCCCAAAAGAUGAUCCACGCAAUACCCGAUUUGCGAUAAAUUUCUUUACAUCAAUCGGCUUAGGAGGACUGACGGACGACUUGAGAGAAUUUUUGAAAAAUCGUCCAAAAAAAGACGUUCCGCUUGUUAAAAAGGAACCAUAAUUACACAAUUUGUGCUACCACCGAAAAAAUGAAAAAUUGUGGGCAUAUAUUUUGUUUAGAUAUUCAGUAACUACAAAAAUAGUUGUUUAAAUUUUUAUGAUGGAUGUAAUAUUUUUACCAUACCCAUAAAAUUUGUAAAUAAACUGUCUAUGAUAUUUCACUAACAACAAUAAAAUUUUAAUAAAUUAUUAUACACUAUGAGGUGACUGUGUUUUCUUGGAAAACGUCGAAUAUUGAUGCUGUACAUAUAAUCUAGAAAAUAACAUUUUAGUCACGUGUUCGGCUUGUCAAUGGUUCAUGUUCCAUCCAUUUCUGUAAUAGAGGUAAAAGAUGGUCGAUCUUGAAUAAAAAAUAAAUUGUUGAAUAAAUAUUACCGAUGGAAAAUAAA